UUCAAGAGUUGGUCUGCCAGCGAGAAGCUAGUGUUUUCUUGAACAACUCAACUUUUUGCGUAGCUACCCCUUGACAUUUUUGAGGGGUGGUGGUGCCGCGGACGACGACUUUUUAUGGGUUGCAGACGGCUGGCGCUGCGGCGGUUUCGCUUGUGGACAUCUGAUUGUUCGUGACAUUCAUGAAAUGUUCCUUCUGCGUUUCAUUCUUGGCGGCGGAGCAACUGUGUAGCGUACUUGACCUUUGUGUAUUGCGCUUUUUUUCGUUCAAGUGCGAACGGGUGCCCGGGGUCGAUGUCCCCUCGGAAAGUGUCGUCUUUUGCGUGGUAAAGGCAGGAGGGUGUGUCCUCCUGUCGUAGGGAGAGGUAGUCAGACAUGUUGCGUGUCUUCCUUGUCUCGAGUUUCCUUGCCAGCCUGCUUUGGCACAGACACGCGUGAGAAGCCUCGCUGGCCGCGGUCUACUUCCGCAUCCGUAGUCCACCAUGUGAUCGCCACAUGGUUCCAUCUUCUCGCUGCUGAGUUUUUUUCAGUGUUCUCUCCUCGUGUAUCGACGACCGUGUUUCGCUUCGGCUCAGGCCUGCGUCUGCGGGGACCCGGCUCCACCCCGUGAAGGCUUUUCUUCCGCAGUUCUUGCGUGUCCGUCCCUACCCCGGCGCCCUCUUCUGGGAAGGCAGAUAGCAACUCACCGCAUUCGCUCCGUUUCGCCAUGCACGGAAGUCCUUACCGGCCGCCUCGUCUCAGCUCGAUGGAGGACCGCGCGAAGCGUCCCGACCCCCAGGGCUGGGCGGUCGUCCAGACACCUGAGUCGACAGCCGCGCUCGGGUACGGGACGCCUGGCUACCCUGCUGCUGGCCCGUCGAUCACGCCGAUUUUUUCCUCGGCGGCUGGCAACGCGGGGCCCCGUCCCUUCUGUGCGGAGGCGUUUCUUUCCCUGAGCCCUGUCGAGAGCCAACACAACAGCAGCGCGGGUUCCUUUCAGCGCCGUGACUCCGUCAGCUCCGGCUUUUCCCAGGGCGAGAGUACAGGUUCGCCGUCGGUUUCUGGGAGCUUGGAGCAGGCGUCGCGGCUGAGUCGCUCGCAGAAACCCUUGAGCAGUUUGAGGACCUCGGUCUCAGUUCCGAACUUUUUCCACGCGAAGCCGACUUCGCUCUUGAGGAAGAAAUGCCGCGAGUCUGACGCAGGUGUGGGCGUCGCGCGGGAAGGCGCGUUCUGGGGCGACUUCUUGGACGACGAUGACAAAGACACCUCUUCUCCAACUCCUGGCUCCGGAUCACUGAGGCCGCUGCACGCGUCGCCUUCGCUCUCGGGGCUCUCCGGCCUGCCCAGUCCGCUGCCUUCACACCGAAGUGCGGAGGGCUGUGCCGCCCCCGCGUCCCACUCCGACUCCAAACCGGAGCGAAAGGGAUCUUCAGGGUCUUUUUCUCGCCGCAGUUUCUUCCAAAAGCCACUCCGUCGCACCAUCUCCAAAUGCGGGACUCGCGUCGAGAGCUGCCCGGACUUCUGUGAGCAAAACAGAGGCACACUCGCGCUCUCCCCAGCGGCCAGCCUUGCAGGGGAAGGCGAGUCCCUCAGCUCGUCUUCGUCUGUAGGCACAGACCUCUCGCAACUGGCAGGUGAAGAGCCGUCAACCGCGUCGGUCCCCGUCCUCUCGGGCGGGUCCAGCGCCGCUUCUGUCCCCACGAUCUUUGGAGGCGCUUCAAUUCGCCAGGUCCGCAGUUCCCCCUCGCUUCAAGGCAUCCCUCCCGUCGCCACCUCCACCACCUGCCCGCCACCGAGUCUCUCACGCAUCCAGGCGUCUGAGCUAGAGCAGACGAUUGGAACUGAGUUCCUUUCCUCUCUCUCUGCGCGGCGGCUGCGCCUCGCGUCUGAUUCGGCGCCUCCAACGCGACCAACGUUCCCCGGAUGGACGCAGCAACCCCAGAGCCGCCAGACAUCCACUCGCGGCUCGAUUUCUCGGCGUCUCUCCAUUCGCCAGCUGGUGCAGCGGUCCUCGGGUGUACAUGCACCCCAGUCGACCGCCGCGUUUGCGAAGGGCGGCGAAGGCCCGAACGCGCUCCAGGCGGUCGGAGACAGGCCGCAGGCCUCGGGGCGCUUCGGCACCUGCGACUCUGAUCCUGGCUUCGACGCGGAUGCUCUCCGCGUCGGAGAAGUUUCUGCUGUCCCAGAGGAAGUCAACGGCCACGAAGAAUCCGGAUCUUCUCACGGAUCUUCACCUGAGUCAGAAGGCCUCUCCGACGGCGAUGGCGGGGGUGUAGCGGAGCGCAGCUCUUGAGCGCGGUUGGAGUAUUUUUCGAUUUUUUUUAAAGAUCAUGCGUUCUCUUCGACAGGAAAAGGAUGUUUUCAGGUGUCUCCGGCGCAUCGCAAAAGAAUCUGGUCCUUCUGUUUCGCCAUUCAUUUGUCUACUCUCUGACCUGUGGCUUCUGAACUUCCCGGUAACACGGGCAGCGGCUAUCCACUGUUCUGUUCCUUCAACUUCCUGUACAAACACCUGCAGUUUAUAUGAUCGGCGCUUCACAGUUGAUGAAUUGUGUAGGCGCGUAUGUAUCACGCGCAGGUGCUAUGUACAAAUCCCCUGUACAGAUUAUAUUUGUACAUGCAUAUGAUCGAUUUCUUAUACUACAUUUUCGAUAAGACAUGUCUAUAGCUGACGUAUCAAAUACACUGGGUGUGGUGUGUCUGUGCUAGGAAGGGUGAACACGCAGGCGCGGACAGUUCCGGCGCGGCAAAGAGAAUGCAGAAACUCGGCAAUGUAGCUGUCUCCGAAAAAUCAAUGUCAAUCGUACACUGGCGCGUCCUAGAGCUCUCAAAGACGACAAUGGAAAACGACCAUUCGAAAACUCCAUCCUCAUUGAUAUACACCCA